CGUCACUGACGUGCGCCUCUCCAAAAACAAGGGCAACAUGGCUAUCGCGCGCCCGACGUUGCUGUUGUCUCUCGCUGCUCGGUUGCUGCAGGCGCCCCGCCGGGAUCUGUCGGCCCGCGGUCCGGAUGAACCUCUGACAGUGGUGCGCAUUCCGCGGGCUCUACAGCGGCGGCAGGAACAGCGACAGAGCGGGCGUCGGACUGCCCAGCGGCCGCUGUUAGUAAAACCCGGACCACUCCUCGUCUCGGCGCGGCGGCCUGAGUUAAACCAGCCAGCGCGCCUCACGCUGGGCCGUUGGGAAUGCGCGGCGCUCGCCUCGCGUGGCUGGAGGCAUCGGCGCGCGCAUCGGGACUAUUUCUCCAUCGAGCGCGCACAACUGGAAGCGCCAGCGCUGCGGGGCCUGCGGUCCCACGGCAGCUUCGCGGACCUGGGUCUGGAGCCUGAGGUGCUGCGCGCACUGCACGAUGCUGCUCCCGAAAUCGUUCGGCCCACCACCGUGCAGUCACGCACCAUACCCCCACUGCUUCACGGCCACCACCUCCUUUGCGCCGCAGAAACUGGCAGUGGCAAGACUCUGAGCUAUCUACUUCCGCUGUUGCAAAGGCUUGUUGAUCGUCCAGCUCUGGAAACCCACCGCGUACCUGCUCCUCGGGGUCUGGUCCUUGUGCCUUCCCGAGAAUUAGCAGAACAGGUGCGGGCUGUGGCCCAAUCACUAGGCCGCUCCUUGGGCCUGCGGGUACAAGAACUAGGAGGAGGUCAUGGCAUGAGUAGAAUCAGGCUGCAGCUGUCCAAACAACCUUCAGCACAUGUGCUAGUUGCCACUCCGGGGGCUCUAUGGAAGGCCCUGAAGAGUCAACUGAUCACCCUGGAGCAACUCUCCUUCAUGGUGUUGGAUGAAGCAGACACACUGCUGGAUGAAAGUUUCCAGGACCUGGUGGACUACAUCUUGGAAAAGAGCCAUAUAGCCCAAGGCCCAGCUGAUUUACAAGACCCUUUCAAUCCCAAAGCUCAAUUAGUGCUCGUGGGAGCCACAUUUCCUGAAGGUGUGAGCCAGUUGCUGAGUAAAGUUGGGAGCCCAUACUCUCUCACCACCAUCACCAGUUCCAAGCUCCACUGCAUUAUGCCUCAUGUCAGACAAACAUUUAUGAGGCUGAAGGGAACAGACAAGGUGACAGAGUUGGUACAGAUCCUCAAGCAGCGUGACAAAACAGAUAAGACUGGAUGCUCAGGAACAGUCCUGGUGUUCUGUAACAGUUCCAGCACUGUGAACUGGCUGGGAUAUAUUCUGGAUGACCACAAGAUCAAACACCUAAGGCUUCAGGGGCAAAUGCCAGCCUCAAUGAGGGCAGGUAUCUUCCAGUGCUUCCAGAAGGGCUCCCAAGACAUACUGCUCUGCACAGACAUUGCUUCUCGUGGCCUAGACAGCACCCAUGUGGAACUGGUUGUCAAUUAUGAUUUUCCCCUCACCCUGCAAGAUUACAUCCACAGAGCAGGAAGGGUAGGCCGUGUUGGGAGCGAGGUGCCAGGCUCAGUCAUCAGCUUUGUGACCCAUCCAUGGGAUGUGAGCCUGGUUCAGAAGAUUGAACUGGCAGCUCGUAGAAGGAGAACCCUUCCAGGACUGGCAUCCUCAGUGAGAGAGCCUUUGCCUCAGCAAGCUUGAUUUUGGCUAACUAAAAUGGGAUUCUAGAUUAGGGAUCUUUCCUGGUGUCCUGGGUGGAUGAACACACUUGUCACUUAGGCUGACCUUAAUGCCCCUCAGGCCUGGUGAGCUGUUUGCAGCUUUGAAAGAUGAACUACGGGCCAGCAAUGGAGUAAUGGACCAUAGUAACGUAGUCUUUCAUAUAAAAUAUGAAGAAUAAAAUGCAUUUUAGUUUU